AUUCGAAUAGAAAUGAGUCAAUUCUGAGACCCUACGUACUCUCUUCUCAUAUCAAGGUCCGAGGGCAGAGCGCCCCGGGAACCAAAAGCACUUAUUUUGCGCCGUUAUCCCAUAUUCUUUGUCAACUCCAGAGAGCGAUUGAGACUACCCCUUUUCAUCACAACUCUAGUCAAUCUGCUUACGGAGACACUAUGUCGUACACUUCGAGCAGCUCUUCAUCGAGCCGCACUUCAUUGACGCGCACUACUUCAUCGACAUCGACGCGCAUAGCAACAAUAUCGGCAAUGACGACGCCAUUUGUACAGCCAGCUUCCUGCGGGUCACUAUGGAAGAUGGAAACCACUUCGAUAAGUACAAACGGCUCAACAAGCCCUCUGACACUUCUCAUGCCAAAUACAGCCGAUCCCAAGUUCUCUUCUUGCCAGCCAAAUGGGUGGGAUCUCAACACUUCACAACCAUUCACGUUCAGUCCAGCUGUCUGCCCAAGUGACUGGGUCUAUUAUGACUUGCAGGAAUCUAUCUCACACAUUCCUAUCACCGAGUACAACACGGAUAUUACAACUACAUUCUCAAUGGCCUACUGCUGUGCAAGCGACUACGCCUUGUGGAAAAAUUAUGAUUACAACUUCCGGAACCUGCAGAUUGGAUGCUAUCAGACUUUCAACGAUAGCAUUCCUACUACCAUCACACCGACGACAGCAAACUUUGCAACCACUGGAAGCUUGCCAGUAUUCACAAACGGGAUCGUGGCGCAUCAACCAUACACUGUCAAAUGGGCUGCGUCCGACACUCAUAGCAUGACUCCGUCUCUUCCACUGUUGACAAAUAGCAUGCUCGUUCCUACGUGGAGGCCUGGCGAGAAGAUACCAAAGGGAGAGUAUGACAGAUACGGCAGUGACAGCAUAGAGCCUAACGAUGGCGUAAACUGGAUGCCUCUAUUCUACUUUCUUGUCAUCGGCCUUCCUCUCAUCGGAGUGACGUUAAUAUCAUGCUGUGUUUGGUGUUGCUUUCGGGCCCGAGAUAAGAAAUGGAGAAAAAGGAUGGAGCAGCAGGAAAUUGAACUCACGGCUCGAUUUGCCAAUGAGAAUUCUAAGGAGCGGGGGACUACCCAGGUGACUGAACAUGAUGGGCAAACUAAUAGUUAAUGAUAAUGCUACUCUAUUGAUCAGGAAGGAAUGACACCAUAAUUCGACGUGCAAGUUAUC